GUGUGACACAACCUUCCAAAUAUAAUAUUUUUGCUAGAAACCGAGUGAAAAUGUUCUUAAAUUCAGUGAACUGUCGUUGUACCUAUAUUAAGUUGUGAAAUGUUGCUGUUUGAUAUGCGGUAACAGAGUGGAAGGUAAUCUGGAGUCAUCAUCGCUUGAAAAAACCAAAUCAAAAGCAUAACUUUUCACGGCACACGUUAGUUACAGCGUGGUAGUCGUCAUGCAACAUAUCUUAAAAAAUCCUCUCAAAGUAUCAGUGUUCGUCGAUUUUUCGAAAAAUAAUCUUUUAUUACUAAUUCGACCUUGUUUGAGUAAAGUGGAGUUACCGAACUCAUGUUAAUACCGGUCGUAACAACGUUGGCGGCACUGAAUUCAUAAUACCAACUGAAAAAUUUCUCUUUAGUAUUUAAAUUAUGAAAAUACUUCGCGCAAUGCGCAGACGAUUAAAAUGAAAAAUCAAUACGUCCCUUAAAUUAUGUGAAGUAAACUAAUUUUCCCAUGUGCAGUUCUAGAAAAAAUCAAUAUAUUAAAUUUUUGUCGAACGGAAUGAAAUGAGCAAACAACAAUAGCCGAAAUGCCUAAAAAGGUUGAAUUCAGUGUUAUUCAAGCAACAAGUGAAGAUCCAAAAUACAGGUAUACAGAACUGAAUACACAUGGUCCGAUAGUUAAAGGGUGGCAAUCUGAAAAGAACUGCAACUACCCACAAGAAUUGAUACUGCAACUGGAAAAAAGAUGUAUUUUGAACAAAAUACAAAUACUAGCCCAUCAGUUCCUGAUACCUGCCAAGGUGGAGCUCUUUCUCAGUAACGAAGAUUCUAAUACAGUAGACGAAUCAGCCACGAACAUAAAUUGGGAAUAUUUAGGAUACAUAACAUUGUCUACGAAUGAAAGUACAGACUUUAAGAGCAGAGAACUUAAAUCCGCCAAUGUGCCCAAGAACCAAGUGACAUUUGUUAAAAUGAAUCUUCACCACAACCAUUUUAACUCGCACAACAAAUUCAAUCAGGUGAGCCUUAUAGCAGUGAAUAUGCUGGGGAUGGACUUGGAAAGUAGACGGUUAUCUGUAGCUGAGAAAGAUGAUGAAGCUAAAGUAUCGGACAUUAUGAAUAACCCUGAAUACAUUUCGCCUUACGAUGAUUUAGCUUUCCUAAUGUAUGUAGACGUAGAUAUCGCUAGGAUUAUUAAAGAAAUGGAGUUGAAGAAGCAUUUGGCUGUGAUAAAUGAACGCUUUGAGUAUGCAAGAAAACUUAAGAAUGCGAUGGGGAAAUUGAGAGUGGCGGGUGAAAAACUGGGGAAAUACGAACUAGAGAAGAGACACGCUAUAGAAAUAGAAGACUAUGAACGGGCUAGGCACAAGAAAAAUCAAAUGGACCAGUUUAGGAACGAAAUUUACGAAGAAAUCCGCGUUGAACAAUUGAUGGAACGUAAUGGCGUAUGUCCCAAAAACGACGAAUGUUCAGAUGAUGCCGACAACAUCAACAAAAAUCUUUUAUCUCCUGUUCUGCCGAAGACUUCUUCAGACAAGAGAGCUUCGUCUCCGAAUCAGCUGAACCACAGUCAAGUCUCUCCUCUGCACAUGGCCAGACACCAGAGUCCCAAAACAGGCUCGCCGAGCACCGGCAGCCCGACAAAUAAUCAAUCCAGAGGCUCUAUUAAGAGAAGAAACAAAUCAGCUGGGGCUACAGUUAAAUCGACGUAUGAGAUGUAUGAAGAGAAACCCUUACCGGCUUUGAGACAUUCACAAACGAACGAAUUUCUAAGAGAAUGUCAGCUAGAUGCCGACUAUAAGAUUCCCUCCAAACUGACGGAAAGGGAAAAGAAACAAGCCGCUAUGCCCAUUUUGGUGUUUGGGAACGACAUUGUCGAAAAAUUCUACUCAAAGCAUUACUGCGAUAAGGAAGAAGGCUUGAACAAGCUCAAGGAGGAGCUGCUGUCGUACGACGCCAGCAAAAUACAUGCGCCAAAUAAGACUGCCAGAGGAGCAAUUUUUCUGCUGCACAGGGCGUUGCGCGAUAAAGUUUUCUCCGUGUACAGUCUGGCGAAUGAGGUGAUUAGGUUAUUCUUCGUGCAAUUCGUACCCGGCAGGGUCGCUUCUGCUGAGGUAGCGAGAAGCGUUGACAAAUUACUUCCUGAACUACUCACAAAGUCGGGUGAUACGAGUCAGAGGAUAAAUCAAAUGGCUGUUCACACCAUCCUCACGAUGGCAGACUGUAAAAACGUCAGAGAGCUUCACAUCAUCCCUGUUCAUCUAAGUAGGCCUGUUAGUAGCGGCACUCAUCCUAGAUUAGCGUUGAGUAGGGCAGAAAUGGUCGAACAACUCAUUAUUAAUCACGGAAUAUCAACGGAUAAACAGAGACUCCCUUCCUAUUUAUUAACUUUUAUUCGAAAAGAAACUGCUCCAAUAUUGCAUAUAGUGAAUUUUCCUCAAGUAGUCGUUCUUCUCCAGAGAAAGAAAGAAAUACUGGAUAAAAACAAGCUCCUGGAGGCCAUAACUCCGACAAAUGCGAACUGCCUCAGUCCAGAGCCAGUUCAGAACCAUAACGGGAAACACGAACAAAGUAAGGAUAACAUUUCUACCGAUCCUAAACCCGUAUCUGACAGCAUUUUCCAAUUCGAAGUAUCCAGUCAGCAGAGAAGUUUCGCCUUGGCGAAAAGCUUGAGCGGAAGUAACAUACAAGCUAAUAGUAAUAACGGCGUCAACGGACAGAGCUCCAGUUCUGCGAGUGGUAUUUCUACGCCGAGUAACAAUUCACAAAAAGACGAAGACGAAAAGCACUGCAUUUUUUGCAACCACCCAGAAACAUCGAUCCUGUCCGUCAGCAACUCUAUGAACUCCCACUACUGGCGCUCAUGUCCGAUGCUAGUGAGGUGCAAGAACUGCAGCCAAGUGAUAGAAGUGUCGACUUUAACAGAACAUUUGCUCGCUGAAUGUGAACAGCGGGAACGUUACACACAGUGCUCACAAUGUUCCGAAGCAGUCAAAACCGAAAAUUAUGAAAGGCAUCGUGGAGAAUGCAAAGAACUCUCUGAGAGCUGCAACCGUUGCCCGCUGUGUCACGAAAACCUCGAACUGGAAGAUAAUUGUUGGAAAAUUCAUUUGAUGGGCGAGAAACCUUGCCCGAAAAAUACUAGGAUGAAAGUUCUUCAUCAGAAGCAAGUCAAAAUCAAAGUUUGAAAUCACAUGCCCCUCCACAGACCCUCUAGAUUGAAAAAUGUAUUCACAAACAAGUUCCCCUCCCCUGUGUGAUAAUUCACGAAAUAACUCUCGAUGACUACCGACCAUCAACGAAGUGUUUACGGAGAAUAUUUUUUUUACAGGUAUCUUUCACGAAUUUCGACAUAGUUGAAGACAAAAGUAGGUAUGAUGUCAAUUAUCCUCCCCAGCCAUCCAAUUCAAAUGGUGUCAACGAAAGAGAGAAAACGUGAAAUGAGACUCAUAUACAAAUAUUCAGAAAAUAUUGAAAAAUAAUAAUAAUAACUAAGCUUUGGAAAGAAACAUGUUUCGAACGUAUCAGAAAGGACUCAAGAUUGAAGUACAAAAAAUUGGUUGAAGCGGAAAAGCAAGGACCGUCCAAAAUGUUUCAAAUGGCUGGAAGGUGGAAAGACGAGAUGGAAAUAUAAUUCCAUUUCAGUUAGCCGCUUCAGGAAUAUGAUGCCGUCAGCCAUACAGUGUUUUCAUACUUAUUAUGAAAUUUAUUACUGUUCUGAAUACGAACUCGAUUAAUAUCUUACUAAGUCGGCUUAUUACUUGUGCAAGUUUUCACAUGAACCAUGUUUGCAUAUACCUAUAAAGUUUCAUUGAUAUGCGAUUUACAAUAAUGGCUUGGGAUUAGUUUCUAUUGAUUAUUUCGACUGGUAUUAUCAUUCUGUUAUGGGCCCAUACAGAGUUUUUUCUGGAUUCUCCGUCGAUACUGGAUACUCUGCUGAUUUUGAAAAAAAUUGUGUGUCACUUACGUAUUUUGGCGAGUAGAUUACCAUUCCGAAAGGAAAAAUUGGUGCUCUCCCCUAUUUUCAAAGAUACAGCCCUCCAAAGUUCCGAAAAGUUUAACUUUUAAUCCUAUUUUUUGCAGAAUAUGAACCAUAAAAUCACAAGUAUCUAUACACCACAUCGCCUUCACAUCCACAUAAAAAAUAUCUAGCAGAAUUGCUUCUGUGAAAAAUCUUGCACAAAAGUAUUCGUCAGACAUUCAAUUCAAUUUACGGCCGUAGUAGAGUGCUUGGAAUUGAAAGUAGGACCAUUUUAUUCGAAUCAAUAAGGAAUAGAAGUACACAACUAGUUCAUUUAUUCUGUUAUAAUCAAGAAACAUUCUCCACGUGUCAAAUCUCUAUAUUCUAGAGAGGAAACCAUUCGAUUGUUGAAUUUAUUCAAGAUGUUCUUGUCUCGUUUGCCUUAUACGAGAUUUUUGGAAACAGUAAAGGGGUUUAUGAAAAAUAUAUACUUCCAGUGGCGAUAACUUUGAAACUGGAUAUAAUUCACGGUAAAAUUUCCUUAUCUGAAUCUACUUUGGGAGAUACGAUACAAAGAUAGAAAAUACAAAAAAUGAUUCGUUUCCAUCGCAACAGGUUGUUUCACUUUACAAUACGUCAUCAGACGUAUUGAUACUGAGUUCUAUCCACUCAGAGAUUUAUAUACAAUAAUAAUUCGAAUUAUCCGACUUUUUCUUCUUAUAACUACAUUAUGUAUCGGUUAAAUUCGUCACAUAUUAUGAAACUGUCGAUGUUGAAUGAAAAUGAACUGUUUGACCAGUUGAAGAAUCAUAAAUUUAAAUUUCAUAAAAACAGUUCAAAUAGGACCUCAUGAACAAUGAAAGAACGAAUACCCUUGUUGAAAUUAUUAUAUUUUUCACCCUAUUGUUGAAUAAACAGUAAAUUUCGUCCAUUUACAAAUAUUAAAAUCACAUCUCAAUCCAUUUUUGAUGAUUUGUUGAUAGUAUUUCAGAUCGUUGUAUUUCUGUAAUCGUCAAAUACAGUUCACAAUGUUUUUAAUAGUAAUAUUUGAAUGUCUCUCUAAUUACAUUUAUUAAAAGAUCCACAAUCAUUUUAUCGUAUUGCCAGUUAUUCAAUACGUAAUAUUUGCAGUGGAAGUUUGAAAUGAACCAAAGUUGUAAUACAUUUUGUUCUAAAAAUCAUAUUCAGCAUGAAAAAUCGAUUCAUUAAAAAUUUGCCACUGUGGGAUCGUUCUGAAAACAAAAACAAUCCUGUCGUUAAAUAAUUAUUCAUUUAUUCAAAGUAGUUUAAUUACACUCGGUGAUUGUGGCUACUUUUCAUGUACAUUUUAUUAACCGAAUGAUAUAUGAAAAACUGGUAAUAAGAUGAGAUGAUUGAUGCAUUUGUUGAUCGUGGCAAAAUUUUGUCUACAAUCAAGCUGAAUAUUCCUCAUUCUUUCCUAAUUCACCACCAAUUUUUAGUCUACUUACAUUAUU